GGUUCACUGGGUAAUCAUGCUGGGCAGUGUGGCAUUGCACUUCCUUGUGACGCUUGCCUACAGUGCCAUCUGCGUCACCUGUAACCCUCCAUCCAACCCGAACUGGAUCCUCCAAAGACAGAUGGCCGACCCCAUGUUCUACCUUCUCUGCAUCAUCACUAGGCCCACUGUGGUGGCUCUGCUGCCCAGGUACAUGUUUCACGAGCUGAGGAACUCUAUCGCCCCCUCCCCGCUCGUGACAGCUAGGCAUCUGGACCGACUGGACGCCUCCACGAGGGUCCAGUGCAUGGAGUGGAGGAGCUUCAGGGACAUAACGCAAUUCAAACCCUCCAGGCUGUCUACUCCACCCUCUUCCAACCUGGAGACCCUUUUGGACAUUCAUCCCCAAUCUCCCACCACCUCCAAUAACAUGUGGGAUGAAUGUCAUCACUGAAAACCAUUAGAGGCCUGUUCACACAUGAGAAACUG